AUGCUUGAAUCGAUAAAACAACUCCAUGCUUUAGGCUUUGUUCAUCGUGACAUUAAGCCAUCCAACUUCGUCUUAGGCCGGUCAAAAACAAGCUCUAAAAAUAUUGUGCAUAUUAUAGACUACGGAAAUUCCCGGAAGAUUGUUGGAACUGAUGGGAAGCUCGAAAUUCCUAGAAAAAAGGCUAGAACCGUCAAGUUCGCUCCCCGUGCAAUGCAUAGUGGCAUGGAAUCUGGCUUUAAGGACGACCUUGAGAGUUGGAUUUAUUCUUUGGCUGAUUUAAUUCUGCGGGCAAAUGUUCCUUGGCGAUAUGAAACAAAUGUUGAAGUGGUUGCAGAUAUGAAGGAAGAAGUUUUCAAAAAUACUGAAAAACUGUUUCCAGGACAGGAGUUUUUGGAAUUGAGGCAGAUUAUGAAUUAUUUGACCAAAAAAGAAUAUGCUAAUAAAAUGGAUUUUGACUGGCUUUGUCUUAUGGUCAAACGAGUGGCAAAACGCAAGAGGUGCACCUUAAAAGAACCGUUCGAUUGGUGUUGA